AUGGCGUGGGCGGAGCGGCGCACUUCAACGGAGCACACGGCGUCGCCAUCAGCCCGGAUGGCAGCACCCAAUAGUGACAGACUGCGGCAACACAAGAUCCGGUGGGUGGCGGUGGUGACGGACGGCGUGGGCGAUGGGGCGCGAUUCGACGGCCCGAGGGGCAUCGCAAUCAGCCCGGACGGCAGCGUGCUGCUUGUGGCCGACAUGUUUAACCACAAGAUGCGUCGGGCGGAGGUGGCGACUGGUGCUGUGACUACGCUCGCGGGCAGCGGCGAAAAAGGGGAGGCGCAUGGUGUGGGCGAUGCGGUGCAAUUCCACUUCCCACACAGCCUCGCCAUCAGCCCGGACGGCAGUGCGCCGCUGUCUGUGACAGAAUCCAUCAACGACAAGAUCCGGCGGGUUGAGGUGGCGACGGGCGCGGUGACUACGCUCGCGGGUUGCGGUGCCUGCGGCAGCGUUGAUGGCCUGCUGCAAGCGGCCCAAACGACGAGCCAGCGCCAUACCUGGCCGACCAAAAGCUGGCUCAGCCGCCUCCCGGUUCGGGCGCGCUUCAACGGCGUCACAGGCUGCGCUCGCGCUGCCGGAAAAUACGGGACCUGA